CAGUUUUGAAUCUGAUCGGUACGUGUAUGCGGCUCAUCGUAUAUAACCUACUCGGGAUUUCACGUUAUGCAAUCCUGGUUUUGAUUGAUUUCUAUACCUUCGCUCUUCGGUAUACUCUACCAGCAAAUAAUAUAACUUCAGAAUAAGCACACACUGUUCCACUUUCAGUUGUCAAAAGAAUGGGAGGGCUUCUAUCCUCACCGAAAACUGACAAAUACAAUGAAACUGGUUGUGGCAAUGGACUUCGAUACGGGAUAUCCAGCAUGCAAGGCUGGCGUCUUUCAAUGGAGGAUUCUCACUGUGCCAUAACACAACUUCCUGGGAAUCUUAAGGAUUGGUCGUUUUUUGCUGUUUUUGAUGGCCAUGCUGGUGCUUUGGUAUCAGAACUCUGUGCCACAGAGCUGUUGAAGUGUAUUGUGGAUACUGAGGAAUUCAAGAAAAUCAAUCCUGACUUGGCACCUAGUUUACAAGAAGUAGAACGUGGCAUUCGCGAUGGUUUCUUAUCUUUGGAUGAUCGUCUUCGACACCUUCCUCAACUUGCUAGCGGUGAAGAUAGAUCAGGAUCCACUGCUGUCUGUGUGCUCAUAACACCUAAACAUAUUUUCUUUGCCAAUUGUGGUGACUCUCGUGCCAUACUCAUUCGAAAAGGUAAAGUUGCCUUUGCUACAGUUGAUCAUAAACCUGUAAAUCCAAAUGAGAAACAGCGUAUACAAAAUGCCGGUGGUUCCGUUAUUAUACAACGAGUAAAUGGUUCUCUUGCGGUUUCUCGAUCAUUAGGGGAUUAUGCCUUUAAAGCUGCCAAAGAUUUAGGUCCUACGGAGCAACUUAUAUCUCCAGAACCUGAAAUCACUGUUGUUGAUCGUGAUAAAGAUUUAGAUGAAAUUAUCGUUUUAGCCUGUGACGGUAUUUGGGAUGUUUUAACUAAUGAAGAACUUUGUUUACUUUUGCAAAAUCGCAUGCGAUGUGUUGAUGACUUAUCAAUGAUAUGCAAUGAAACUAUUGAUAUGUGUUUGUAUAAAGGGAGUUCCGAUAAUAUGAGUAUGGUUCUAGUGGCAUUUGAUCCUGCUCCUCGAGUAGAUCCUACUUCUAAAACGGAAGAUGAAAAUUUAGAAUCUGUUUUAGUACAACGUACUAAAGAAUUUUUGGAAAACCAUAGCAAAACUGAAGUAACAACUGAAAUGGUUGUAGAAGAUUUACAAGCAUCUGUUGGCAGUUUGCCAUCUUCUGGAAAUUGGCUUUGCAAGAUUGGCAAAAUCCAAGAACUGAUUGAUUCUCAUCGUCUGGCUUAUUCAAAUCGUGGGAUUCAGAACCGAUGAACUCAUAUACUCUCUUAUCCUUCAUUCUCUCAUCUUUUUUAUUCUUUCUCUUAAAUGUAUCGACUGCUUGUGUUACAUUUGUGCUUUGUAUGUAUGUAUGGGUGUUUGUAAAUAUGAUGAAUAUACUUGAGCUAAUCUACUCUUGUCUGAUUUUUAUAUGCUUAAAUGAAUAUUCUUAAAUUGUUGCUUAUUGAUCUAGUCCAUUUGCAAUCAAUAUUUCCGUCAUAUAUAUAUACUUCAUGCUCAAUAUAUCUUUAUUUUCCUUCCUUUCUAUUCACCGAAGUAUGUAUAUUAUCUUAAGUCUAUCAAACGAUAAUGUGCAGUAUUAUAUAUAUUUAUAUAUCUGUUUUUCUCUAUCUCCUCAUUUUCUUUUCACAUAUUUGUGUAAUAUAUUUCAUGUGGUUUCAUUUGAUCCUAACAGUAGUAGAAUAACGGUAAUAGUAAUAGUAUUUAUGAUUAUUUUUUUUAUGAUACUGUUGAAUUUGUACAUGAUCAGCAAAAAGAAAAAAAACACAAGUUGGUACUGCAUUUAUUUAUUAUCAUUUUCAUAUUCAUAAAUUUAUAGUUUUGAAUGAGGUUAGAUUGUUUUUUUUUGUUGCUACUUGGUAAUUAAUGUUGAUGUUUUGUUUCACUCAUGUUAACGUAAUUUCUAUAAUUUGUUUCUUCUAUGUUGCUAGAGGAAAAUUAACCCAGAGAUAUUCAAUAUUAUGUUUGUGUGCGUGUGUGAAUAAAUAUGAAUCUAAUCAUUUAAAGUCAAGGAUAUUUUUCUUUCUAUACAAAUAAGUCAUUCAUUGGUCUCAAUGUUGUCUCAUUUAAAUACGGUUAUGAGCACUAGAUAAUCAAUAAUAAUACAAAUAGUGUUGAACAUAAGAAUUAUUGAAUAUCCGGUAAUGUUUAUCCUUUUAUUAAUUAUUAUUUAGUAAAUAUGUUUACAUAUACAGAGGGGAGUAUGUAGUUAUAACAAACUGAACACUACUAGCCAUGGGUUUACAAAAAAAAUGAGUAGGUCCUAUAUUGUGCUUUUUUUCCAAUGUUGUACUCAAUGAAUAUGUAUCUUCAAUAUGAUAAUAUUUUGAUGCACCAAUGCCAACUUCUAUGCAUUUAAUUUGUUGAUAUAUUUUUCUUUUGUUUUUUUAUUUAUUUACAUUGUUAUAUAAGAUGAUUAAUUAAUAACAAACUGUAUGUAACAGAAUAUUUGUAUUUGUAGUAAGCUAUUUGUAACCAGUUUUGGAGAUGAAAACUGUUAAUGUUUCAUUAAAAUAUUCGUUACGCGUAAAUUUAUUCACAUUAAACAUGUGUAACAGAUUUUCUUUUUGUUUUAGAGAUAUCUGGAACCUCGUUCAUUUUUAUGCAUAGACUUUUUUCCCUUAUAUUGGGCAGUUCAAAGUUUCUGUUAGUUUUCAUUUCGUUUAAUGCACUUAAGAAUUUCACAUGAAUUUUGGAUAUUAAUUCGUUUAGUUGGUAAUUACAUAGUCGUUCAGUGAAUUUAUCAUUAAAUAGUGUGAAUCAUAGCAAGACAGCUUAG